CAGGGGGGAAGGAGGCUGGCGGCGGCGACUCCCUCGCUCGCCCUCACUGCUGGCCGUCCGCGCUCCAGGCACCAUGUUCCGCGCGGGGUUCCCCAGCCACACCUUCCUCCGGCUCCCCCUGCUGCAGUUGCUGCUGCUGCUGGUACAGGCCGUGGGGAGGGGGCUGGGCCGUGCUAGCCCGACCGGGGGCCCCCUGGAAGAUGUAGUCAUCGAGAGGUACCACAUCCCCAGGACCUGUCCCCGGGAAGUGCAGAUGGGGGAUUUUGUGCGCUACCAUUACAACGGCACUUUCGAGGAUGGCAAGAAGUUUGACUCGAGCUAUGACCGAAGCACCUUAGUGGCCAUCGUGGUGGGCGUCGGGCGCCUCAUCACCGGCAUGGACCGAGGCCUCAUGGGCAUGUGUGUCAACGAGCGGCGACGCCUCAUUGUGCCUCCCCACCUGGGCUAUGGCAGCAUUGGUGUGGCGGGGCUCAUUCCCCCGGAUGCCACCCUCUACUUUGAUGUGGUCCUGCUGGAUGUGUGGAACAAGGCAGACACCGUGCAGGUGAGCACCUUGCACCACCCAGCCCACUGCCCCCGCAUGGUCCAGGACAGCGACUUUGUCCGCUACCACUACAAUGGCACACUGCUGGAUGGCACCGCCUUUGACACCAGCUACAGUAGGGGCGGCACUUAUGACACCUAUGUUGGCUCUGGAUGGCUGAUCAAGGGCAUGGAUCAGGGGCUGCUGGGCAUGUGUCCUGGAGAGAGAAGGAAGAUCAUCAUCCCUCCAUUCCUGGCCUAUGGCGAGAAAGGCUAUGGGACUGUGAUCCCCCCUCAGGCCUCCCUGGUCUUCCACGUGCUACUGAUUGACGUCCACAACCCAAAGGACACCAUCCAGCUAGAGACGCUGGAACUACCUCCUGGCUGCGUCCGGAGAGCAGUGGCUGGAGACUUCAUGCGUUACCACUACAACGGCUCACUGAUGGACGGCACCCUCUUUGAUUCCAGCUACUCCCGCAACCACACCUACAACACCUAUGUGGGGCAGGGUUACAUCAUCCCCGGGAUGGACCAGGGGCUGCAGGGCGCCUGCAUGGGGGAGCGCCGGAGGAUCACCAUCCCCCCACACCUGGCCUACGGAGAGAAUGGGACAGGAGACAAGAUCCCCGGCUCUGCUGUGCUGAUCUUCGAUGUCCACAUCAUUGACUUCCACAACCCUGGGGAUCCUGUGGAGAUCAAGAUACUGUCCCCACCCCCGGAGACCUGCAAUGAGACAGCCAAGCCUGGGGACUUUGUUCGCUACCACUAUAACUGCUCGCUCCUGGAUGGCACCAAGCUCUUCUCCUCCCAUGACUAUGGGGACCCCCAGGAGGCUACACUGGGGGCCAACAAGGUGAUCGAAGGCCUGGACACAGGCCUGCAGGGCAUGUGUGUGGGAGAGAGGCGGCAGCUCGUGGUACCCCCACACCUGGCGCACGGAGAGAGUGGAGCCCGGGGUGUCCCUGGCAGUGCAGUGCUGCUGUUUGAGGUGGAGCUGGUGUCCCGGGAGGAGGGGCUGCCUACAGGCUACUUGUUCGUGUGGCAUGAGGACCCUCCUGUCAACCUGUUCGAAGGCCUGGACCUCAACAAGGACGGCGAGGUCCCCCUGGAGGAGUUCUCCGCCUUCAUCAAGGCUCAAGUCAGCGAGGGCAAAGGACGCCUCAUGCCUGGGCAGGACGCAGAGAAAACCAUAGCAGACAUGUUCCAGAAUCAGGACCGCAACCAGGAUGGCAAGAUCACCAUGGAGGAGCUCAAACUGAAGUCGGACGAAGACCAGGAGCGGGUCCAUGAGGAGCUCUGAAGGCCAGGAGCCUGGGCCCAGGCCCAAAUGUGGAGGCCCGCUUCUGUGAGGACAGUGGGCCCUGGGGCUGACCUUCCAAGGGUCGCCCUCCCCUGUGCAGGCAUCAUGUCUAGGAACACCUGAACCAUGGUCAGAGGAGACAACUCUGGUCUCCCCACCAGCCCGAGAGUAAAAUCCACAAUACAGACCUCGAUUUACUGUUUCUCUUCUGGCCCCAAACCCCUCCCUUACAAGUUUUGGAGUCACAAAGCCAAUCUGUUGGCGGAGUCUGGGGGUCGGGUGGGGCCAUUGCUGAGCCUCACCCAUAUCCCCCGCCCCCAUCGUCACCAGACACUGAACAAGGCCCAGCUCAGUCAUUUAUUUUCUCAGACUUUCCUUUUACCCAUACUUUUCCUUGUCCCCAACUACCCUGCUCUGGUCUCUAUUCCUGGGUCCAGGCAGCCCCCCAAGAGCAUAGACCAGGACUCACCAGACCCUCAGCUCUGGGGGCUUCUAGGGAGGGCACUGCCCUCCCCCACCCACUCCCUCCCCCACACCUCUGCUGUUGGCCCCCCACAAUGUCCAGUGGUGGCUGGAGUGACCCUGGGGUGCUCUGUUCAGGGCUGGGCUUGGUGUUGCCCUUCCUCCCUCUCUGUCCCUGCUUUCUUUCUCUAUGGGACAGAGAAGAGGAGGGUGAAGGGGGUGGGGAUAAGGAUGGAUGUAGUCUUAGGGCUACGAAAUCCUUGGUUUGGGGGAGAGAUAAACUUGGAAGAAAGGCUUGCUUGAAGUGAGAGGGGGGUAGACAGCUCUGCACAUUCAAAAGGCUAAAUUGGUGGCAGAUCCCUUUCUCCUUUGUACCAAAUAAAAGACUAAACCAAA